CCCCAGGUGCCCCCAGGUGUGCCCAGGUGCCCCCAGGUGUGUCCCAGCUGUGCCCAGGUGCGCCAUGGCCGCCCGCCCGGGCUGGCCCCUGCCCGGCUCCUCGGCCCUGCUCGUCUGUGACCUCCAGGAGCGAUUCCGCGGCUCCGUCGCCGCCUUCCCGCAGAUCGUGGCCGUGGCCGCGCGCCUGCUGCAGGGCUGCCGCAUCCUGGGGGUGCCGGCGCUGGUGGCGGAGCAGCGCCCGGAGGUUUUGGGGCGCACGGUGCCGGAAUUGGGGGCGCAGGACCUGCCCCGGGUCCCCAAAAGCGCCUUCAGCAUGGCGGGGGCGGCCGCGCCCCUCCUGGGGGACCCCAAAAUCCGCGCGGUGCUGCUCUGCGGCAUCGAGGCGCACGCCUGCGUGCUGCAAACGGCGCUGGAGCUGCUGGCGGAGGGGCUGGAGGUGCACGUGGCCGCCGACGCCGUCUCCUCGCGCAGCCAGGUGGAUCGCGCCCUCGCCCUCGCCCGCAUGCGCCAGGCCGGCGCGUACCUGAGCACCUGCGAGUCCCUCCUGCUGCUGCUGCUGCGAGACUCCGCCCACCCCAAAUUCCCGCAGAUCCUGCCCCUGAUCAAGGAGCCACCGCCGGACACGGGGCUGAUCCUGGGGGGGGCCCUGGGGGCGCUGGGGGAGCCCUGAGACCCCAAAAUCCCCCAAAAUCAGCCCAAAAAAAACCCCCAAAUCAGCCCAAAAAUCUGCCCAGAAAUCCCCCAAAAUCAGCCCAAAAAAAACCCCAAAAUCAGCCCAAAAAUCUGCCCAGAAAUCCCCCAAAAUCAGCCCAAAAAUCCCCCAAAUUCUGCACAAAAAUCCUCCUCAGUCUGGGGAGCGUCUGAGCCCCCAAAUCCCCCCAAAAUCAGCCCAAAAAUCCCCAAAAUCCCCCAAAUUCAGCCCAAAAUUCCUCCUCAGUCUGGGGAGUGUCUGAGCCCCCAAAUCCCCCCCAAAAUCAGCCCAAAAUUCCCCAAAAUCCCCCAAAUUGGGGUCAAUAAACACUGCCCCUUCCCCAAAA